AUGCCCAACAGUGAAGAAGAAUAUGAUACGCCCAGGAAACAGUCCAAGGUCGUCUCGAUACUUGUGUCAAUUGUGCGAUUACUGCAACUUGGCUUCGGCGUUACAGUAAUAGGCCUAUACGGCAAAGACGUCCACAGCGAUCUUCAAGAUAAGCAUAUGUGGGAACCUAAAUGGGGCUUCGCCUUAGUUCUCGGCACCCUGGCAGCGAGCACUGCUAUGAUACAUAUAAUCUUCAGUUGUUGCGCUCGUCGGACGGGGUCAUCCCCUUAUCCAAAUUGGAGAGUGCCCUCGAUCAUAUGGGAUUUUGGCUUAUCUGCUUUGUGGUUGGCUCUAUUCGGUAUAUUCGCCACAAUGUACCUCUCGGCAAAAGUAUCGGACCCGGGAUCUGGCUUAGGGGAUUCUUCAAAGAUCCACCGGAUGCGUGCUGCGGCCUGGAUUGAUCUGGUGAACGUUUUUCUGUGGGUUUACACUACAUCGGCGGCUUUUUCGUCUUACAGGGACACUACUCUUACCCAUGAACAAUGGGUCUCCUCAUAUCCUUCUCAAUCCGCUCCACCUGUCCACCCUAGAUUGAGCCGCUCACGCAAUAUGGAUUCGCAUGCUACUUCUAUCGCCUUGGCUGAACAGCUUUGGGCCGAAAUCGAAGUGGCCGACAUCCCAAGUCCAGCUCUUACCUCUGAACGUCAUCACAGACACUCAGAUCGCAGCUCUGGGCACUAUUCAGAAUACAGUCAACCAGAAACUGCUCGUUCGCCCCAGAUGGCCACACACCCACUGGCCUUGACGAUGCUCUGGCAAGUUUUUGAAACUGAAAGGGACAACCAAGAUCCGACUUGUACUAUCUGCCGGGAGGAUGUGGCCUUGCGGGCUUUUGUCAAGCUACUGUCUUGUGGUCACUGGUUUCAUCCGAGCUGCAUUUCUCAGUGGUUAAACGACAACUCUACUUGUCCUAUUUGUCGUGAGCAUGUUCAGUAA